AUGGCCUAUUGCGAUCGUUGCGACCGUUGGUUCAACUCAGAAUACGCUUACAAUGCACACCGACGCGACUCUAGCAGCCAUUACAUGUGCUGGAAAUGUGACAAGGACUUUCAAACCAGUACUCGACUUGACCAACACUUGAGGCAAUCGAGUAGACAUAACUAUUGUACCUAUUGUGAUGAAGACUUUGAAGAUCAAGAUGACCUCAAUGAACAUUAUGAAGACUGUCAUGAAUUUUGUCACUCUUGCAAUAUGUGGCUUGAAACGGCCAAUGAUUUAGUGGAGCAUAAUACGGAAGAACAUUAUUACUGUGUAGAAUGCGACCGCCUAUUCAUGAAUUUGAACAAUCUUCAAAAUCAUCGUAACUCUUCAAUCCAUCGUCCUAGGAACAUUACUUGCCCAGGAAAUGGGUGUAACGCUCAGUUCGUAAAUAAGAGCGCUCUGCUCUUGCAUUUUGAAGGAGGCAGUUGUAAAUCUGGACUUACUCGCCAAAAGCUAAACCGGCUCAUUGCAGAGCGCGAUAGCUCCAACUUUAUAACCAACCCGAACCGACUCCUCACUGGUUCGACCGAGACUUGGGCUACCCAAAAAGCUUGGAACGGACAUGCAUACGAAUGCUAUUUCUGUCACAAGGAAUUCCGCUCGCUUGCUCAAUUGAACCAGCAUCUUGCAAGCCCCGUGCACGAACAACCCCUAUACCAUUGCCCUAAGCUUGGGCACGGCUGCAGAGCUCAGUUCAAGACGGCUAGUGGGCUCUGUCAACAUAUUGAGGAUGGAUCAUGUGGCGUCGCCAGGUUUAAGGCGAUUCAGGAUAGUAUGGAGAUCCUGGUUCGUGGAGUUAGACGCAUCGCCUUUUAA